GUAGUGCGGUGCGGGGUAGUGCAUCCGGCAGAGUUCAGAGGGCGCAUGCGCCGGGCCCCGACCAGAGGUGUCGAGUCGCAGCCAUUCUUACAAUGUCCGCUAGUCUCAAGAUUGAAUAAUAAUGUAAUAUUAAGUGUUUUACGAAAAUGUCAACACAAAAGCCCGGAGAAUGGGCGAACACAUUGAUAGUGCGAUUCGAAGAGCAGUUACCAUGCCGAAUUGGACCACCGACCACCCAUUCUCGGAUAAACGAGGAAGAAAACAAAAUGUGUAUCAUUCAAAUAUCAAAAUAUCGUUUUGCUUUGGUUCUCGAAGGCUUCGUCAAAGUUUUAAAAAGAGUCCACGAAUUGUACCAAACCGGCACAACAAAUACACAGAGGCAGCAGCCAGGCGACCUGGAGAGAAAUUACUAUGAUAGUCUUUACAUUGUACUGGAGACUUUAGAGAAAUGCUUCAGCAUACAAUCAAAAGACUGCAUAUCUCUUACCAUGGAGGAGAAUCAAAAUCUUAAAUCGCUUCUGAAGGAGAUCUGCACGUUCCUAGCCCACUCAUUUUUAGAUAUGUCCAAUGACAACGCUUACAUUCAUCGCCUGAAGCUGUUGGCUAGCAAGGUGCUGUUCGCUCUGAGCUCGAACUUCUUCAACUCGGUCUUCAGCAGAAUCUCCUCCAAACUUCAGGAACUCGCUUCUUGUCCGGACGAGAACCCGGAUUACAGCGAUAUAGAGUUGAUUCAACAUAUCAAUGUCGAUGUUACGCGACUCACCAAAUUAUUUAAUGAAGCUAUCCAAAAGUUUCGUCUCUUAAAGAAGUCUGCACAUUUAGUUUUAAUCAACUCCCUCGAAAAAGCCAUCUGGAACUGGAUGGACACCUACCCCUACGAAUUCUCCGAACUGAACACCAAUCCUAACGAAGAACUUUCCAAAUGCUGUGAACAGCUUUUUGAUAUACUCGAUACAUUUGCCGAUAAUAAGAAAGGAAGAGCUGCUGUGUGGCCUUUACAAAUCAUGCUCCUCAUCUUAUCACCUAAAGUACUUCAAGAAAUAAUAAAUGCCGAUUCUGGUGGCCCGUGUUCGCCCAGACAUAGCAAAAAGAAAACGUUCAUAGACUCCGUCAGACGUGGUAUUGCUCCUCACAACAAUUCGAGCAAACAAUUAACAGAAGCUGCUGCCGUUACCUGUGUAAAAUUAUGUAAAGCCUCAACUUACAUAAACAUCUUGGACACUAAUAAUGUUGCAUUUACUCUGGUUCAAAGUAUAAUAAACGACUUAAAGGCAUUAUUAUUUAAUCCAACGAAAGUUUUUUCACGCGGACAGAACUACCUCUACCAAGACAUGGAUCUUAUGAUAGAUUGCUUUGUCUCCUGCUUUCGUAUAAAACCUCACAACAAUGAAGCGCUGACAGCAUGUCUGAACGUGAACUCCCAACCAAUAUACCACUUCGUACUAGUCAGAUCUUUGUAUAGGAUAGUUACACAACCAAGGCUCAUGUGGUGGCCCAAAAUAGAGUUAUUGUACACGAAAUCAUCAGAACUGCGAGCCUUGUUUACAGAUACUCUUAAUAAAGUCGCGCAAGGUUAUAGCGUCCAUACACCAUUAAGAAUGAUACAGACCUUUGCUCUCAAGGGCAAAGAUUCACAAUCUAAAUUUAAAGAACGGGCUGAGGAGGUUCCAGGCCAUAAAAACCUACUCCUGUAUAUGGUUAGGUUGAUCCAUGCAGAUCCCAUGUUGAUGCUAAACGGAAAUGCUGGCCAUGAAAUUCAGAUUUCCACUUUGGAACUCAUCAAUGGAUUGGUUUCAUUGGUACACCAGCCUACUAUGACUGAUGUAGCGCAUGAAGCAAUGGAAGCUUUACUGGUUUUGCAUCAGCCUGAAAAGAUCGAGGUCUGGAACCCCGAGGCUCCAAUAAACACCUUUUGGGAUGUCAGUUCGCAAGUUCUGUUUUCCAUUUCACAAAAGCUCAUCCAGCAUCAAAUUAUGAACUACACUGACAUUUUGAAAUGGCUCCGCGAAAUUUUAAUUUGCCGUAAUACAUUCUUAUUGAAACAUAAAGAAUACGCUAAUGUUGGUAGUCAGAUACCGAUUUGCAAACAGGCACAUAUCAAAUUAGAAGUCGUAUUCUUUAUGUAUCUAUGGAGUAUCGAUAUAGAUGCUGUUAUGGUCGCAAUGACAUGCUUUGCACUACUUUGUCAAGAGGCUGAUAUUCGAUGUGGUUCUGAUGAAGUGACAGUAACCUAUUUGGUACCAAACUACCAUGCUUACAUGGAUCUUGCUCAAGCAACCAUUGGGUUAUCACCAGCAGGUGAUUCACGCCAGUCUUUGCCAGAACAAAACAAUCAUAGGGCUUUGUUGCAAAAACGAAUAAUGGUGAUAUUGAGGAAAAUCGAACACUGUAUUAAUGGUGUACAACCGGCAUGGGAGGAGACGUUUUUAUAUUGGAACGCAACGUGCAAAAGUCUUGCAUCAUAUCCGAAAGCGAAGGGCGAAGAAGGUCAGAUUGAACCGUUUCAUAAAGCAGGAGGCAAAAGGCGUGCCUCGCACCAAAAUUCUGAAAACGAGCUUGAGUUCCAGGAGCAGAUUAAUGAAUGGGCAAAUAUGACUGGAUUUCUUUGUGCCUUGGGUGGUGUUUGCCUUCAGCGCAAAUCACCAUCCAGAAGUUCGACGAUGUCAUCGUCCAACUUACCUAACCCCACGUCAACGUCAGCAAUAUGUGCAAUGACCACAAUUAGUACUUACACGGCCACCGACAGCAAGAAGUGCUUCGGUAUGUUACCGGCACCAACACCAGAACAACAGCGGCAGUAUUGCCCAGUAACGCAAUUCGUGGAUUUGCUUUUACGUUUGCUCGUGUGCAAUAACGAGAAGUUUGGCGCACAGAUUCAGAAGACCGUCAAAGAACUUGUCGGUAAUGAAAUGUCUGCUGCCUUAUAUCCAAUACUUUUUGAACAAACAAGAAACAUCGUCGACAAGUUCUUCGAUCAGCAAGGCCAAGUCAUCGUCUCGGAAUGCAAUACUCAAUUCGUCGAGCACAUCAUUUUUAUAAUGAAAAAUAUUUUAGAUAAUAAUAAAAACGACCAGCCUUCAGAGCACCUUGGGGUAACAAGCAUCGAGGGUAUGAUGUUGUCGAUAGUCAGAUACGUUCGUCAUUUAGAUAUGACGGUACAUGCCAUCCACAUUAAGACGAAACUUUGUCAGUUAGUCGAAGCAAUGAUGAAGAGGCGGGAUGAUCUAGCAUUCCGCCAGGAGAUGAAAUUCAGAAAUAAGUUAGUAGAAUAUCUGACUGAUUGGGUGAUGGGCACGUCGCAUCAAGUUUCACCUCCGUGUUCUGGAGAUGUGGCUGCCGUAACUCGGGAUUUGGAUCAAGCGUGUAUGGAAGCUGUCGCCGCGCUUCUGAGAGGAUUGCCAUUACAGCCAGAAGAGUCAGAUAGAGGAGACCUAAUGGAAGCGAAAAGUCAACUGUUCUUAAAAUAUUUUACUCUGUUCAUGAAUUUGCUGAAUGACUGUUCGGAAGCAGUAGAGGUUGAUAAAGACGUAACCACACAACAGGUUAAUGUCGGUAAACUAAAUACGCUUAGAAAUGCAACAAUCCAGGCUAUGUCAAAUUUAUUGUCGGCCAAUAUAGAUAGUGGAUUGAUGCAUUCAAUUGAUUUAGGAUAUAAUAGAGAUUUACAAACACGCGCUGCAUUUAUGGAAGUUUUAACUAAAAUAUUACAGCAAGGAACGGAGUUUGAUACAUUGGCAGAGACUGUUUUCGCUGAUAGAUUUGAGCAAUUAGUACAAUUGGUCACAAUGAUAUCAGACAAGGGUGAAUUGCCCAUUGCCAUGGCUUUAGCCAAUGUAGUAACUACCUCACAAAUGGAUGAAUUGGCUAGAGUAUUUGUUACUCUGUUUGAUGCCAAACAUCUGUUAUCUCCGUUGCUCUGGAAUAUGUUUUAUCGCGAAGUGGAAGUAUCCGAUUGUAUGCAAACCUUGUUCAGAGGAAACUCACUGGGAAGUAAAAUAAUGGCGUUCUGCUUCAAAAUCUACGGCGCUGGCUACUUACAGACUUUACUAAAUCCUCUCAUUCAUUCAUUAUUGGAUGAUAAUGAUAAGAGUUACGAAGUUGAUCCCGCCAGAAUUAAUCCAGCGGAAGACAUCGAAUUGAAUCGAAGUAAUUUAAUAAAUCUGACACAAAAAGUGUUCGACGAGAUCGUGAGCUCAGCUAACGAGUUUCCAGCUCAGUUACGAUCAAUGUGUCAUUGUCUGUACCAAGUACUGAGUAAGCGAUUCCCCCAAUUUCCGCAAAAUAACAUUGGAGCUGUGGGAACUGUGAUUUUUCUACGUUUCAUCAAUCCAGCUAUCGUUUCACCUCAGGAAAUGGGAGUCAUUGAUAUACAAGUACCAACAUUCGCCAAACGUGGUUUAAUGUUAAUGUCAAAGAUUUUACAAAACAUUGCAAAUCACGUAGAAUUUAGCAAAGAGCAACAUAUGAUUUAUUUCAACGAUUUCCUCAAAGCGCAUUUUGAAAUUGGACGGAGAUUCUUCAUUCAGAUUGCAUCUGAUUGUGAAAGCGUUGAUGCUUCGCAUUCGAUGUCUUUUGUUAGCGAUACAAAUAUUCUGGCGUUGCACAGACUUUUGUGGAACCACCAAGAAAAGAUUGGAGAUUAUCUAUCGAGCAGCAGAGAUCAUAAAGCAGUUGGCAGAAGGCCGUUUGAUAAAAUGGCAACUCUUUUAGCUUAUUUAGGUCCACCUGAACAUAAACCAAUUGAUUCGAAUCUGCUGUUUGCCUCAUAUACCAGAUGGAGUUCUAUUGAUAUGUCAUCUACGCAUUUCGAAGAAUUGAUGGUAAAACAUAACAUGCACGAGAAGGAGGAGUUCAAGUCCUUGAAAUCGCUCAACAUAUUCUAUCAAGCGGGAUCCAGCAGGUUGGGGCAUCCAGUCUUCUACUACAUCGCUAGAAGAUACAAUGAGUAUCUUUUCAGAAUCGGGGAUACCAACGGUGACUUGUUAAUAUACCACGUUAUAUUAACAUUGAAACCGUUCUGCCAUACUCCGUUCGAAUUGGUAGUCGACUUUACUCAUACCUGUUCGGACAACCGUUUUCGCACCGAGUUCCUUCAGAAGUGGUUCUACGUUCUUCCUAAGCUUGCAUAUGAGAACAUACAUAUUGCAUACAUAUACAACUGCAGUAGUUGGGUCCGUGAAUAUACCAAAUUUCAUGACCGCCUCUUGGCACCUCUAAAGAAUAAUAGGAAAUUAAUAUUUGUCGAUAAUCCAAAUAAAUUGAAUGAGUAUAUAGAGUACGAGCAGCAGAAACUGCCUGGAGCAACGUUGAGUUUAGAUGAAGAUUUGAAAGUUUUCUCAAACGCUUUAAAAUUAUCUCACAAAGACACCAAAGUUGCAAUAAAAGUGGGUCCCACAGCAAUACAAAUUACCUCAUCCGAGAAAACCAAAGUGUUGUCUCAUGCCGUUUUGUUAAAUGACGUAUAUUACGCUUCGGAAAUAGAAGAAGUUUGUUUAGUAGAUGAUAAUCAGUUCACAUUAACAAUUGCAAAUGAGAGUGGACCUCUUAGUUUUAUACAUAACGAUUGUGAUAGUAUAGUACAAGCUGUUAUUCAUAUUAGAAAUCGAUGGGAGCUCAGUCAACCGACAGUCGCAUCUUUACAGGAUUCGGUUACUGUGCAUCAGAAGAUUAGGCCUAAAGAUGUUCCAGGCACGCUUUUAAAUAUGGCAUUAUUAAAUUUGGGAUCAUCCGAUCCUAAUCUACGCACGGCUGCUUACAAUCAGUUGUGCGCUCUAACUGCCACUUUUGAUCUCAAAAUCGAAGGUCAACUCCUGGAAACAUCUGGCCUAUGCAUACCUUCCAAUAAUACAAUUUUCAUAAAGUCUGUGUCCGAGAAACUGGCCACCAAUGAACCUCACCUUACAUUGGAAUUUUUAGAAGAAUGCAUCCAAGGUUUUCGAGUUUCGACUAUUGAACUGAAACACCUAUGUUUGGAGUACAUGACACCUUGGCUUGCUAAUCUAGUCAAGUUUUGCAAGCCUUUCGAUGAGAAUAAACGUCAGAAGCAGGUGGGACAGAUUUUAGAGAAAUUAAUACUGCUGACCAUUGAAGAAGUGGAGAUGUACCCAUCAAUACAAGCAAAAAUAUGGGGCUCCAUUGGACAAGUACCUGAUUUAAUUGAUAUGGUUUUAGAUAAGUUUAUACAUAGAUCAGUAAGUUCUGGGCUAGGUUCGCCCAUGGUAGAAAUUAUGGCAGACACAGCUGUUGCUUUAGCUGCUGCUAACGUCCAGCUCGUUGCUAAGAAGGUCAUUGGAAGACUUUGUAGGGUCGUUGAUAGAACCUGUCAAAGUCCAACAAAUUUAUUGGAACAACACAUGAUGUGGGAUGAUAUAGCUAUUUUAGCCCGAUAUUUGCUGAUGCUGUCUUUUAACAAUUGCUUAGAUGUGGCCAGACACUUACCUUAUUUAUUCCACUCCGUUACAUUCCUUGUAUGCUCAGGAUCACUAAGCAUGAGAGCAUCGACGCACGGUUUAGUUAUAAACAUAAUACAUUCGCUGUGCACAUGUACACAGCCACAAUUUUCCGAGGACACGCAACGCGUGUUGCGCCUGUCCCUUGACGAAUUCUCACUACCAAAGUUUUAUUUGCUCUUCGGCAUAAGCAAGGUAAAAUCGGCUGCGGUUACUGCCUUCCGUUCCAGCUACAGACACCCGAAUGAAAGAUGGGUCGGUUCGGAAAGGUCAUUUACGGGAGCUACAGGUGAUCGGGAAACUAUAUCCCUGACAUCUCUGGAAGUAAUAACCGAUGCUCUAUUAGAAAUAAUGGAAGCUUGCAUGCGUGAUAUCCCUAACUGCGAUUGGCUAACAAGCUGGAUGUCGCUGGCCAAGGGAUUUGCGUUCUGCUACAACCCAGCCCUGCAGCCGAGAGCUUUGAUUGUAUUUGGCUGCAUUAGCAAGAGCAUCAGCGAUUCGGAAAUGAAACAGCUAUUAAGAAUCUUAGUGAAAGCUUUGGAAUGUUACAAUGAUAUGGUUCUCAUUGAGGCACUGGUGAUGUGCUUAACAAGGCUUCAACCGCUUUUGCACUCAGAUUCGCCGAUUCACAAAGCAUUAUUCUGGGUAGCUACCUCAGUUUUACAGUUAGAUGAGGCGUCCUUGUAUGCUUCAGGAUUAGCUUUGUUAGAGCAGAAUUUACACACACUAGAUUGUCAGGGUACCUUUGAUGAAGAGUCAUUGGAAUCGGUUAUGAUGAAUACGAGAGAACCUUUGGAAUGGCACUUUAAACAAUUGGACCAUGCGGUUGGGUUAAGUUUUAAGGCUAAUUUUCAUUUUGCAUUGGUAGGGCAUCUGUUGAAAGGGUUUAGGCAUCCGACUGCGACCACGGUUUCUAGAACUUCCAGGGUGUUGACUAUGCUUUUGAGUAUCAUUGCGAAACCUCAGAAGCGCGACAAGUUCGAAGUCACACCAGAUAGCAUCGCAUAUUUAACAGCUUUGGUGACGAUGUCAGAGGAGGUCAGAAAUAGAUGCCACAUAAAACAUAUGCGUCCCAUUAGUGAUCCAGACAUGCAAGACAAUUUCUUGGCAGAAAUCACAGGUAAUAAUCAGCAAAAUGCUGGUAGUACACCAUCGGGUAGUGGAACAAAUAGGAGGCAGAAAUCGUGGGAUGUGUUGGAUCAAAUCGCAUUAACACAAGCAAGGCAACAUAAAAUCGUACCCCAAGUUGAGAAUUCGGCAGCCAGUAAGGGCUGGCGAAGUUUAGACUUGACCCAGAGUCCGGGGCCUCAGGCAAACGGGGGCCUCGCAAGACCCUUAUACCGCACCCAGCGUUCUAGCUCUGUGCCUGUCCAACAAAGUCCUCCUGUGGCCCCAGCCAAAAAUCGUAGUGCGAGAGCGUCCGUAAGUAACGAGAAUAACAUCCUUCUGGAUCCGGACGUGCUGACCGAUUUCUCGACUCAAGCAUUAGUCCUGACUGUACUGGCCACCUUAGUAAAGUACAGUACCAACGAGGCCGACACUAGGAUUCUGUAUCAGUACUUGGCGGAAGGCACAAUUGUCUUCCCAAGAGUGUUCCCAGUUAUAUAUAACUUGUUGGAUUGCAAGAUAAAUAAUGUGAUCACGGUAUGCCAUGAUCACGUUAUUUUAAGCGCAGUACGGAGCAUCAUCCAAAAUAUGAUAGCUUGCGAGGAUACUAGUCAACAGCAGCUACAUUACCUUCAAAGUUGCGGAUUCGGAGGUCUAUGGCGUUUCGCAGGUCCAUUUAAUAAUUACAACAAUCCGGCAGAAAGCGUUGAGCUGUUUGUGAAUUUUCUUGAAGCAAUGGUAGAAACAAGUCUUCCUUUAGGAGAUUCUAAGCAUGGUGAAAAUAAGUACCCUUCGAUGCUAAGCGUGAGUUCCAAUAUGAAUCUGUCAUCAAGCAUGUCGAGCUUAACUUUGGGCUCUCCAACCGAGAAGGAUGGAACUGAAGCCGGUAGCACGGCGUCGUUGGGUAGAUGAUUCAGUAUAUCCGACGA